UAUUUAAAAACCAUAGAAACCACCCUGUGUCAACCUUUAUUCUAGCAAGCUUGCAUUCUUUUACUCAACUGCGAUUAGCAACAUCUCUCAACCAUGAUUCAGUCCUAUUUUACCAUUCAAGCCGGGCAGUUGCCUUUCUAAGCCAAUAAUUUUAAUAAAAUCCUUCGUGUUUAAUAAAUAGUUUUUUUUAAAACUCUUAAAUCGGGACGUCGUAUAACAUUGGUGGCAGCGAAAAGGGAUUUUUGAUAAAUCCUGGAAUCGUCUCUUGUGUGUUAAAAGUGCAUAAGUGUAUCAGUGAAAGUGUUAAGUGGUAUCAAGCCCCAUCCGUCCACUGUGUGAUAAGUGGAACAGGCCUUUCAUCGUCAGCCCAGUUCAACCCAGUUCAGCCCAGCACCGUCGAAUACCGACGAUAUUCUUUUUCAAGAAUCUAAGAAUGAUAUUCAUCACCCUGGCCAUCGCAAUUCUCUGCAAUGUCACCCUAGCUGAACCUGAAAAUCAAUAUGUUAAAAAUAUAGUGAACGGUCCUGGGAUCUUCUUCGACCCUGUUGGCUCACUAAAGAUAAUAGAUGACCAAUUUCAAAUUGUAAUCCCAGUAGAAAUCAUUCCCAUAAAAAAUCAUAUAAUGGACAUAAACAAAGUAUUUAACAACGUUCAGUCUUAUUGUCAGAGAAACGUAGUAAUUGGUGUUUCGCAAUGUCAUAACUUAUUACAACCAUUAGAAGCAAUCCUUAAAGAUCUCCAACGUGACUUUGAUGCCGUUUCACAUCUAGUAUCCGACGAUUACGUCUCUAAAAGGUCCGCAUGGUUUUCCGGAAUAGGCACUGUUUUCAAACAUAUAUUCGGUACCUUGACCGAAGAUGAUGCGAGAAUUUACGAAGACGCUAUUAAAACUCUUUAUGAAAAUGAUAAAAAGAUUUCAGGAACAUUGAAGAAAACCGUUAUUGCUUCCCAAUCUGCCAUUUCCAAUAUAAAUCAAUCCUUACAUGACAUGAACCUUAAUCAAGCAAAAUUAAACGGUGUCGUCAAACAAUUAGAGUCUUCGGUAUCUAAUAUAACAAAUGCCUUUAAUGAGGUUAACUUUAGAAAUAAUUUUUAUAACAUUUUAAAUAUUUUACAAUCAAACUUACUGACUUUAUCUUUUAAGGUGGAAGACUUACUUAACUCCAUUUUACUCAUAAAAAGUAACACUUUGCAUCCUUCAGUUCUAACCCCUAACCAAAUGUAUAACGAUAUUGUAAGUAAUUUUAAGUUACUCCCUAAGUAUAGAGAUUUUCCUGUAAGCAUAGAUAUAAGCAACAUUCAUAUUCUAAUUAAUAUAGCCGAUUUAACUUGUUAUUAUUUCAACAAAAAAUUAAUGUUUAUUGUAAAGAUACCACUUGUAACCUUAGAAUAUUUUAAUAUCUAUAGAACUGUACCAUUGCCUAUCCCACAUAAGGAGGGCAAUCUUAAUUCUUUUGCUAUGAUCCUCCCUUCGGAACAAUUUUUAGCUUUAAGUGCAGAUAAAUUAUACUAUAUAUAUCUCAAGAAUCUGAAUUACUGUAAAAGCAUAUUUACCGAUACCUAUCUUUGUGAAAUAACCGAUGUCUACGCAGUACUUAAUAACCCUUCAUGUGAAAUCGAAAUAAUUACUAAAGCCUUAACUACCCUUCCGGAAAGUUGUCCUGUUAAGGUGUACUUAAUAUACCAGUAA